CCCGCGCCGGCGCUCUCCCGCCGCCGCUGCCGGCUCGGAGUCCGCUUCGGUGCGCUGGGGAAAACCAUCCGGGCCCGCUUCUGGCGCCGCUGCCGCGGCCGCGCCAAGGUUCCGGGCGGCCCCUGCCGUGUCAGAUACCCUGAAAGUUGGAGUGAUUCAGUGACCUCUAAGGUUCUUCCAGCUCUGAAGAAGGUGGUUCGGAAACACUUCGUUGUGUCUGAGCUGAAAUCUACUCCCCAGUAGCAGUGGAGGCGUUGGGAGCGGUUUCCAUCAGGACACUGUUCCAGCUCUGGCUGUGAGAGCUCCCGGCCGCUCACGUCAGCAGCGCUGCUGAGACCGUUUGGAGCACACAGCUCACGCGUGAGUGUGUGAGGGAACACACGCCAGAGGGAGCCCAGGAGAGGGAACCGCUUGCUGAGCAGUUCCUGCAUCUUCCCUGGGAAUGGACCGUGGAGGCCCCGAGGAGACGCCUGCUGCCACUGACCCCGCCCGUCAGCCCGCUGGCGGCCAGGACCCACGCCUGUUCCUGCAGACCCUGCAGACGCUGUGGUCCACUCGGGACCUGCGACAGCUCCGGGAGGAAGCCUGGAAGGGGUUCGCCACCCUGGACGACCCGCUCACCACUCUCCUGGACAUGCUGGAAGCCAGUCGGGGCUGCGGGGGACGGGGCCCCUCGCUGGAGGCCUGGGUGGCCCGCGAGCUGGAGCGCUGGCUACAGGCACAGCCACGCCCAGAGCCCGCCCAGGGCGGCCGAGCACUGAAGCCGCUGCAGGCCCGUGCGGUCCGGCUCCUCACCGAGGGCCCCCCCAGCCUCGUGGAGCCGCUGGUCAGCAUCUUCCAGCUGCAGGACGCAGACCGGAGCCCUGUGCUGGCACACAUCCACCGGCUGCAUCAGGAGGGCAAGUUCAAAGAGGUGAGCAAGCCCUUCCCUGUGGCUCUGGGCCUCUCUUCUAUGGGCCGGGCCUCCACGUGGGUCAGCGGGCUAGGUGAGAGCCAGGUUGGGUGUGAGACGCCCACUCUGGAAGUGUCCCCUCCACCAUGGGGGCUGUGUAGGGGCUGCAGGUCUGGGGUGCAGGGGACCAGCCACCCAGGGACCAGCCCAGGUUCAUGCCUGGUGUGAGGGUCCUGGGCGCCCCUCACACUGACCAUCUGAGAGGUCUGGGCACAGCCCCUCACAUCCUGCCUCAUCUACAGUACCUGCCAGGGUCCUUCCUUCCCAGGUGUGGGCAGGGGCGGGGGGCAGGGAUGGGAGAUGCUCGCCACAGCCUCUGCCCACCCAGGCCACCCCAGGGCCCAGGCCAGACCCUGGGCCUGCUCUCUCCUCCUGCCCCUGCCCAGACUUACUCCUGCUCACCAGGCCCCUGUUGGCACAGCCUGGAGGCAGGGAGCCCGCGGGCAGGAGCCGAGGCCCCUCUGCUUGAGGAGAGGCCCUCCCUACAGCCGCGGGCGCGGCCACGAUGGGCUGGGGGACCGGCCACUUUGCUUCUGGGCCUCGGUGUGCAGGUGUCUAGAGAGUGUCUGCCGUGGAGCCGGGG